GUGUUGUUUCCGUGGUCGAACGGUAUGGUGUGAAUCUUUUUUCCCGUUUUUUUAUAAAAAGUUCUUUAUAAAGUUUUAUUUUUUAUCACAUAAAAUUGUUGAAUAUUUGAAACGUGUAGAUAGCCACGAUGUCUGAUAGUACUAGCCCUAGCGUUUUAAGUUAUUUAAGGCAGUACAGGUUUCAAAAGAAACCUACACCUGGCUCCAGUGGAACGGUCACAGUCGUAACACCAUCAAGUUCUCAAAGUCAGAUAAGAAUGCCAGCACCAAACUCAUCACAAACAAGUGGACAAGUAGUCUACAAACGCAUCAGGGUGCUAGACUCAGAUUCUGAUGAUGCAGGGACUCCAGCUAAGAAACCAGCCACUGUAGAGCUUACAACUGCCAUUAAGGAGAGACGAUUUAGAAAUAUGUUGGAAAUGUUUCCUGAUAUUUCUCCUUUGUUUGUAAAAAAUACCCUUGUUAAGCAUGGUUGGAAUGAAGAGAGAUCCCGUGAUGAACUCUUAAAACACGAUCCAGAGAGCAAUGAAAAGCCCGCUACGUCCAGUUUCUUUGGGUCUCGGCCGGGUUUCACGGGAUUGGCGAGAGUUAACGGAACAACGAUUAUACGUGUUACUAGUGGACCAACGGCUAUCGUCCGGAAGCCGUUAGCAGCGAAGGGCGGCAGGGCGAGGCGGGGCAGUAGUGGUAGUGAGGACGAUGACUACGGUGUUCGGAAAGGCAAGGACGAUAAAGUAUAUGAUAGUGAUGAUUCGGACAAUGAAAUAACUGACGACCUUGUUGGUGAUAAGCGCAAAGUUUUUGAGUUUCUCAAUACAAGCAGCCUCAACGAGCUGUCUUUACUCAGUGGAUGCUCACAGAAGAAAGCUGAGGCUAUUAUAGCGCAGAGACCAUUUAAAGGAUGGCUAGAUAUGGUAGAGAAAUUCAACAACAACAAAAUGUUAAGCACAGAACUGCUGAACUCGACACAAGAACUGUUAUGCACUAGAAAUAAUAUACAGCGUUUGAUGAAGAAAUGUGUGGGUUUAGCUCAGCAGCUUGAAUCAGCUGUGGCGGCUGGAGCGGGCCGACUCAAACAGCCUGGUAUAUUGGAUUCUAGUUUAAAGCUAGCCCCAUAUCAGCUAGUUGGUCUCAACUGGCUGGCGGUACUACACAAGCAAGGUGUCUCCGGCAUAUUAGCUGACGAAAUGGGGUUAGGGAAGACUGUGCAAGUGAUUGCUUUCCUUGCACAUUUGAAAGAGACCGCACAGGCUAAGGGCACGCAUUUGAUUGUUGUGCCCGCUUCCACUUUGGAUAAUUGGAGCAGUGAAUUGGCUCGCUGGUGUCCGUCCCUCACUGUGAGCAAGUACUACGGCCACCCAGAGGAGAGGCGUUUAUUACGUAUUGAAUACGCGAAGCACCUUCAUAAUUAUGACAUCGUACUUACUACAUAUACAAUGGUUAGCAGUUGUCCGGAAGAACGUAAAAUGUUCCGCAUCACGCCGAUGCAUUAUGUUAUCUAUGACGAGGCGCAUAUGCUCAAAAAUAUGUCUACACAGCGAUACGACAAUUUAUUGAAAAUUAAGUCAAAACAUAGGCUACUAUUAACUGGGACUCCGCUGCAGAACAAUCUCAUCGAAUUAAUGUCUCUGCUCUGCUUCGUGAUGCCACAUAUGUUCUCCGGAAAGACUGACGAUUUAAAGAAUUUAUUCCAGAAAAAUGCUAAAGCGAAAACAACAAAGAAAGCAAACGGCAACACAGAGGAAGAUGUUCCAGCGUUCGAACAGAGUCAGAUCACGCAAGCGAAACGCAUCAUGAAGCCGUUUGUCUUGCGACGGCUGAAACAGGAGGUGUUGCAAGACCUGCCCAAGAAGACUAACCACAAGGAACUGUGCCCCAUGUCAGAGAGGCAGCAGUCAUUGUACAAGAAUCUCAUUGCUGCUUUCUCGGCUAAGGAUGGCAUGGUGCACGCAACAACAGAACAGAGCGGCAUGUCUAUGAUGAUGGACAUGCGCAAGCUUGCCAACCACCCGUUGCUCCUCCGCUACCACUACCAGGAGCCCGAGCUAAGGAAAAUAGCAACCAGGCUGGCCCGGGACCCCGGCUACAAGGAAAGGAACGAGCAAUACCUGUUCGAGGAUCUGCUGUGCAUGUCUGACUUUCAGAUACACCAACUGACUCAGCAAUACCCUUGUAUAAAAUCCUUCUCCGUACCAUCAAACCUCAUAGAAGACUCCGGAAAGUUCCUGAAACUCGAUGAAAUGCUGCCCAAGCUGCAGGCGGAGGGGCACCGAGUGCUGAUAUUCAGCCAAUUCACCAUGAUGCUGGACAUCCUGGAGCCCUACCUGCAGCUGAGGAGAUACCGCUACUUGAGGCUUGAUGGCAGUACUGCUGUGAACGACAGACAAGAUCUCAUAGAUCAAUACAAUGCAGAAGAUAUAUUUGUGUUCCUGCUAUCAACGAAGGCAGGUGGACUCGGCAUAAACCUGACCGCAGCUGAUACUGUCAUUAUUCAUGAUAUAGACUUCAAUCCUUACAACGAUAAACAGGCUGAGGACAGAUGCCAUCGCAUGGGUCAAACUAGACCAGUGACGAUCUACCGCCUCCUGAGUGCCGGCACCAUCGAGGAGGGCAUCUAUCAGGUCGCACAAGAGAAGCUCACCCUGGAGAAGCAUGUCACUGGUGUUGAUGAAAACGAGCCAACAGAACAGAAGAACGUAGUGCGACUGCUCUCAGCCGCUCUGGGUCUGACUUCGCCGAACAAAUGAUGUUCGCCCAAAGAUGGCGUCAUUGUCAUCGACUAGUGAUGGACCAAGUGAUGGUUAGCUGUUAUAGUGGAUUUCUAUGAUAAAUAAUGUAAUUAAUUCUUGUGCAUUUGACAUACAUGAGUAAAAUGUUAAAUUGUGAUGCUCCCACCAAAACAGUAACAAAGUGUAAAGUGUAGUGUAAAAGUGAGUUAAUGGAUAUUAAGGUAAUAAAUUGCUGAAAUUAU